CGUUUGACGAAGCCAUGCUGUGGCGCUCGUUCGACCCCCCAUCACGGACGGUGCUGCAGACGACAGUCCGUACAGCAGUCGACUUCCUGUUCGGUCGUCUGGAGAAACAGCACGGUCGGAUAUUGGUGUGCCGCGCCUUGGCAUAUCUUACCUUAGCCAGUAACGGAAUCACCGAGGCGGAGCUUGAUGAUGUGUUGUCUUGCGAUGAUGACGUAUUAAAUGACGUCUACACCUACUGGACGCCGCCCAUUCGCAGACUGCCACCUCUACUUCUGGUUCGCAUGCGGACGGACAUCGACCAAUAUAUCGUUGAGCGCGGUGCAGACGGUGUACGCGUGUUGAACUGGUAUCACCGGCAGUUUACGGAAGCUGCGCACGAGCGCUACUGCGCAGAUGACGCGCAUAACAAGCGUCUCCAUGGCAACCUUGCUGAUUUUUUCGCGGGAACCUGGGCCAAUGGUAGGAUUUAUAAUAAAGAACAAAAAAGCCGUACACGAACGCUAAGGGGGAGGUGAUGAAAGAGGACCGCUAUGUGACGUCACAACCACUGCGUUUCGGAGAGAAGGACUACAACAUCCGGGCUCUCAACAAUCUGUCCUACCACCGCCUGCACGCGGGUCACGUUGACCUUCUCAAGAAGGAGUGUCUCGCCAACGUGCACUUCUGCGUUGCUAAGUUACACGCACUUCCUGUUGAGGCACUCUUGGACGACUUCACGGCGGCCAAAGCGGCGUUCCCGGGGGAUCUCCUAAUCAGGGGCGUCCUGGAGGCACUGCUUCUCUCCCGGAAAGGGCUGCAGACGGACCCGGACCAAUUUGUGCCGCAGUUACACGGUCGCCUUGAGGACAGCGAGACAACAGCCGAGUUCAAGCAGCGCUUGCGCGAAUACAGCUCUAAAGUGUGGUUCGAGCCCGAUGUCAACAUCCUGGAGCGUCCCGGGGGUCAGCUUCUACACAGCAUCCACGUGCACGCGUCCGACAUUGACAUGAUGACGAUGACGUUAUGUGGCACAUACGUAAUCACAGUCUGUCAGUCGUUGAAGGAGAUCAAAAUCUGGAACAUCAAGGUCGACCCUCCGCGGUUGCUACGCAAAGUGACUGGUAAAGGUCAGUGCACAAAGGUCGCGUUGUGCCAUGGUGACGAGUGGGUCGCCAUGGAAGUGGGCAACGUUAUACAAGUAGAAGAACUCCAAACUGGUAAACAAUGUUUGGACAUACCGCUCAAAGGCCGUGCUUCCGCCAAAACGUUCUGUGCUGCUGGUAAACGCAUGAAAACGAUCGUCACGUUAUUUCGAAAACAAAUGAACAUAUAUGACGUCACAAAUGGUAGCCUGAUGCAGACUCUUACAUCAUCAAGUGACGAAGCGAAAUUUGGAGCAAUGAGCAACCCUUCAGGUCGAGACAGAUACGUUGGUAUGACAAGCGACGAUCAAUACUUCCUGUCUGUCCUUGACCUUGAUUCCAUGACAUUGAUGCCUGCGUGGCGAGGAUUUGAGAAGAUCCCCGACGGAGAAGGCAAGUUUGAAGAACAUGAAAUCGAAGCUUUCGACAUCUCCCCCGACGAAACUUACGUCGUAUACACCACUUUGUUCACCGGCGAAAUCGUGUUUGCAGAUUUCAAUGGCAACCGUCUUCGCUCUAUUCCACCCGCCGAGAAACUUAACAUUCGCAGUAUAAACUUCACUGCCGAUGGCACAUGUAUCUACUACAUCAGCGGGAGUACCGUCUUCGUUGUCAAUUCGUCCACGCUGCAGGAGGAAGAUCGUCUUGAACACAAAAUUGACUACCGGCGCAAGCACCGUUGACAUGGUAACAGUGGUAACGAUUGCAGAAGACAGCAACCUUAGGGAAGUGUUUUCUGCUUGGCCACCAGGAGGCACUGUUCGUGACCGGCAAGGCGGAAAAGGACUCGCCAACCACCGUCGUUGGCGUGUAUGAUGUCGGCAAACUGAAAUACAGCGCACUCCUUGAACUAG